CUCAGACCUGUUGCUUUUCGGACUUGUGCCUUGACCGAGUAAUUAUAAAAAAAAAAAAGUUUAAUAUCUUUUCCUUUCUUCAUCUCUUUCUGCUUUUUCUCAACAUGACUAAAGCUAAUCUAGACCUAGUAGAAGUCUAUACCCAAGGUAUCAAAGCCUGGUUUGCUGAUGAGGAAAACGGCUGGGUUUCUGCCUCUGUCAUUUCCAAGCAGCAAGAUGACAAGUCUGUCAAGAUUAGUUUCCUAGACGAUAUCGACGCCGAAAAGCAACAUGUUUUUGAGGCUAGUCUCGCUGAUAUCGAAUCGGGCAAAAUCAGCCUUCCUCCACUUAGAAAUCCUCCUAAAAUGGAGAACACAGACGACUUGACCAAUCUCAGUUAUCUUAACGAACCUUCAGUGCUGCAAACCAUCAAAACUCGUUAUGAACAAAACAAUAUUUAUACUUAUUCCGGUAUUGUCUUGAUUGCAGCCAAUCCUUUUGCUCGUGUCAAACUGUAUGAUCCCGAAAUUAUUCAAAAGUAUUCGGGAAGCAGAAGAGGCGAACUUGAACCACAUCUUUUUGCUAUUGCAGAAGAUGCUUAUAGAUGUAUGAUUAGAGAUAACAAGAACCAGACUAUUAUUGUAUCAGGAGAAAGUGGUGCUGGUAAAACAGUGAGUGCUAAAUAUAUCAUGCGUUAUUUCGCUACAGCAGAUGAUAAAGAAGCCUCUGGUAAACAAGCCAAGGGUGAAUCAAUGACUGAAGUAGAAGAGCAAAUCUUGGCCACUAAUCCAAUCAUGGAAGCAUUUGGUAACGCAAAAACCACUAGAAAUGAUAACUCUUCGAGAUUCGGUAAAUACAUUCAAAUUGAAUUUGACAAGCAGCGUAACAUUGUGGGUGCCAAGAUCAAAACCUAUUUAUUGGAAAGAUCUCGUCUUAUCUUUCAACCUGCUACUGAAAGAAACUACCAUGUCUUUUAUCAACUAUGCUCAGGUGCUACUGAUGCUGAAAGACAAGAAUUGGAUCUCAAGCCAUGGUCUGAAUUUCAUUAUAUGAAUCAAAGUGGUACUGGUUCUAUUGAUGGCGUAGACGAUGCCAAGGACUUUGCAGAAACUCGUGAAGGUCUCAAAACCAUUGGUAUUAAUGAAAACACUCAGACAGAAAUCUUCCGCUUAUUGGCAGCUUUGUUGCACUUGGGUAACAUUGAAAUUGGUGGUAGAAAUGAUGCUACUUUGCCUGAGGACGAACCAUCUCUUGUAAAAGCUACAGAAUUAUUGGGUUUGGACACAUCAGAAUUUAGGAAAUGGAUUGUGCGAAGACAAAUUGUAACAAGAUCAGAAAAGAUCAUUAGUAACUUGAAUCCUACACAAGCUCAAGUUGUUCGUGAUUCAGUUGCCAAAUUUAUCUAUGCCAAUCUGUUUGAUUGGUUGGUCAAUGUCAUUAAUGAUAGCUUGUCUUGUUCUGAUGUUGACCAAGUGGCUAGCUUCAUUGGUGUUUUGGAUAUUUAUGGUUUUGAACACUUCAAGAAAAAUUCUUUUGAACAAUUCUGUAUCAAUUAUGCUAAUGAAAAGCUUCAACAACAGUUCAAUCAACAUGUAUUUAAACUAGAACAAGAAGAAUACGUCAAGGAACAGAUUGAUUGGAAGUUUAUCUCAUUUAGUGACAACCAAAAGUGUAUUGAGAUGAUUGAAGCCAAGAUGGGUAUCUUGUCGCUUUUAGAUGAAGAAUCUCGUUUACCUUCCGGUUCAGACCAAGGUUUCUGUAACAAGCUUUAUCAAAACUUUGGCAAUGCUCCUCAAUUCCAAGACUAUUUCAAAAAGCCUCGUUUCUCCAACAAUGCCUUUGUUGUUGCUCAUUAUGCUCAUGAUGUUCAAUAUGAAGCUGAAGGUUUUAUGGACAAGAACAAGGAUACUGUUCCCGACGAACUCUUGAACUUGCUCCAAGCAUCUAAAUCUCAAUUCUUAUCCGAGAUGAUUCAGCCUGCUCCCAGUUCGCCUACCGCCGAACAGGCACCUGCCAAAAAGACAUUGAGUACUGCCAAGAAGCCUACAUUGGGCUCCAUCUUCAAAUUAUCAUUGAUUACUUUGAUGGAUACCAUUGGUGAGACAAACGUACACUAUAUUCGUUGUAUCAAGCCAAAUGAGGCCAAGGUUGCCUGGGUCUUCCAACCCAGCAUUGUCCUUUCUCAACUUCGUGCUUGUGGUGUUUUAGAAACUAUUCGUAUCAGUUGUGCUGGUUAUCCUACUCGUUGGACUUUUGAAGACUUUGCUGAAAGAUAUCAUGCAUUGAUUGAUUUCAAACAAUGCGACCCCAAGUCUAAUGCUGAUAUUAGAGGCAUUUGUUCACAAAUUCUGGAUACAGCCAUUCAUGAUACCAAUAAAUACCAAGUAGGUCUUACAAAGAUCUUCUUCCGUGCUGGCCAGCUUGCCUAUAUGGAAAAAUUAAGAUCUGAUCGAUUGAACUCAUGUGCUAUUAUGAUUCAAAAAAAUAUUCGUCGCUACCUUGCUCGUCUUCAUUAUUUGAGAACAAGAAAGGCUAUUUUGAUGUUGCAAAGCGUUGCUCGUCAAAAACAUGCUGUUCAAAAAUUAGAACAUAUGCGUCAAGAAAAGGCUGCUAUUGUGAUCCAAAAGAACUGGAGGAGAUACAUUGCUCGCAAGAAAUACUUGCAGACACGUCAAACCAUCAUUCAAAUACAAUCAGCUGUCCGUGGUACAAUUGCCAGAAAGAAGCAUGCUACACUCAAGCGAGACCAUGCUGCUGUAUUGAUUCAAAAGGUUGCUCGUGGUUGGUUGGCUCGUAAGCGAUACCAAGCUAUUCGUCAAUAUGUCAUUCAAGUUCAAACAUGCGUCCGUCGUCGUCAAGCACGCCGCCAACUCGUCUUACUUCGCGCUGAAGCCAGAUCCGUCAGUCACUUGAAGGAAGCCUCUUACAAACUUGAGUCUCGUGUUGUUGAUCUUAUCCAGAACCUCACACAACAACGCGAAGAGAAAUCACGUUUGAAACUAAAGGCUGUUGAAUUAGAGAACCAAGUACGCUCUUGGAUUGAAAAGUAUGACCGUUUAGAUCAAAAGGCAAAGGAGAUAGCAGACAACGUUGGCAAUACGGAAACAACUAAGGAUAACGAUACAUGGGCUGCUUUGAAAUCACAACGGGAUGCACUUCAAGCUGAAUAUGCAUCUUCACUCAAUAAGAUCAAGUCACAAGAUAAAGAAUUGAUGCGCUUGAAAGAAGAGUUACUAAGCCAAAGAAAUGAUGUAGCAAAAUUAAGAGUGGGCUCCAAGGGUGGGUUCAAGAGGGGCGAUACAGAUAUCAGUGAGCUCAAGAACCAAAUUUCAGCUCUCAAGGCACAAACAGAGUAUAAACUUUAUGUACAAUAAUUAAAAGAGAAGGAUAACUUGGAUCUACAUAAAUUAUAUAUUGAAAUACCUAAUAAUAAACUCUUUU